AUGAGUAGUUGUGGUAAACGCAUAUCUGGCACAAUUUUUAAGGUCUCCGGACCGUUAAUCGUUGCGGAAAACAUGCCUGGUGUUAAAAUGUUCGAACUGGUUUCUGUUGGUUACUGCCAUAUCAUGGGCGAGACCAUCAGAAUCGAUUGCAACUUCGUUUAUAUUCAGGUGUAUGAGGAUACAUCUGGUCUGGGUGUUGGUGACCCGGUUGUAAGUACAGGCCUACCGCUUUGCGUCGAAUUGGGACCGGGGCUACUGGGUAGUGUAUUUGAUGGGAUACAACGGCCCCUAGAUGGCAUCAAGCUCAAAUCAAACAAAAUUUACAUACCACGUGGCAUACAAAUAUCUCCACUGGAUCGUACUAUGCUUUGGGAUUACAAUCCAAUGCCUAAUAUCAAGAUUGGCGAUCUACUAUCUGAAGGUGACGUAUUUGGCGUAGUUUAUGAGAAUAAGCUCAUAAAAAAUCACAGUAUCAUGGUCCCCCCGAAAUAUAAGGGUAAAGUCAAAUUUAUUGCUCCAAAGGGGAAAUACAAUAUCGAUGAAAAAUUGCUAGAAUUGGAGUUUCAAGAUAAAACAUUUGUUUGUACAAUGACCCAAAAAUGGCCAGUUAGGGAACCACGCCCCAUUAUCUCUAAGAUGCAGGGAACAACCCCUCUAUUAACUGGUCAAAGGGUGUUAGAUGCAUUAUUUCCUACUAUAAAAGGUGGUACUUGUGCAAUUCCUGGUGCAUUUGGAUGUGGAAAAACUUGUAUAUCACAGGCACUCAGCAAAUAUUCCGAUACUGACGUAAUUAUAUACGUGGGUUGUGGUGAACGUGGGAAUGAAAUGGCUGAGAUUCUAUGCGAAUUCCCUGAACUAUCUACUGUAGUUAAUGAUGAAAAGGUGGCCAUUAUGGAACGUACAUGCUUAGUUGCCAAUACUUCUAAUAUGCCAGUGGCCGCUAGAGAAGCUAGUAUAUACACUGGUAUUACAAUUGCUGAAUAUUUCCGUGAUAUGGGUUACAACUGCACUCUUAUGGCCGAUUCCACUAGCCGAUGGGCAGAGGCUCUAAGGGAAAUUUCUGGUAGAUUGGCUGAAAUGCCUGCAGAUUCUGGCUAUCCGGCCUAUUUAUCGUCAAGGUUGUCAGCUUUUUAUGAACGUGCAGGCUUGAUUAAGUGCUUAGGUUCACCAACACGAACCGGAUCUAUUACGGUUGUAGGAGCAGUUUCUCCACCAGGUGGAGAUUUUUCAGAUCCAGUAACAACUUCUACAAUGUCAAUUGUUCAAGUAUUUUGGGGCCUUGACAAAAAGUUAGCUCAACGAAAACAUUUUCCUUCAGUCAAUUGGGCUACCUCUUUUUCCAAAUAUGAGCGCCAGCUUGAGCAGUUUUAUGAUAAUUUUGAUCCAGAAUUCAUUAAUUAUGUCAAAAAAAUCAAGGAUUUAUUGCAUCAAGAAUCUGAAUUGAAAGAAAUUCUACAAUUGGUGGGCCGUGACUCAUUGUCUGAGGAUCAAAAAUUGACCCUUGAAAUUGCUAGUAUAAUUAGGGAAGAUUUUUUGCAACAAAAUUCAUUCACCGACUAUGACUAUAAAUGUCCAUUAUACAAGACAUUCAGCAUAAUGAAAUCAAUUGUCAUCUUUUACAACGAGGCGCUCAGGGUUAUCAGUGAUAAGGGUCAAAAAGUGAGUUGGGGAACUAUUUACAAUACACUUAGACAUACAAUUAACAAGAUUACCAAUUUAAAGUUUGAGAGUGUCGAUAAGACGGAGGAGUACUAUAUCAAUUUGACCAAUGACCUAAGCAAUGAAAUUAUCAACGGCAUUAGGUCUCUCGAAAAUUGA